CCGCGAGAAAAAAAAUCGAACCACGUAUCAAACUCGGGAACGAAUUUCAAGAAAAUGUUCUUCAAGGUGCUGUUUGUCAUUGGAAUUAUGCUCCCAGAAAUCUCUUCAGACAUUGUCGACUUAAACAGUUUGAAAUGUAAAGGACAGAACUCACCAGCCCAUGGUAGUCUGACCUGCCAUGAAGACACUGCCACUAAGGAAGUGUCGUGCACUCUGAAAUGUGACCACGGUUAUGACGUAGAAUUCCUCGCUGCUGAGCGUUAUGUGUGUAAUACUGAUGGGACUUGGAGAGCUCAGCCAUUAUCCACUGGCUCACAAUGGCCGAACUGUAAAAAGUACAGCCGUGGAGAACCGAUUCCAUGAUCGAUGAUUCAGUGAAAGUAUACGACAGGGCUGAGAGCUUCAAAUAUAACAUAACUUUAUGAAACUGACCUCAAUGACAUUAGUUCCAAAAGAUAUAAUUGC